CGGCGCCUGGGCAGGAUGACCAGCCUGUUCCGCCGGAGCGGCGGCGGGGGCGGUGGCGGCGGCGGCGGCGGGGGCGCGGCGGGGGCGCGCGGGGGCGCGGCGGGACCCGGACCCCCGGCCGCCGCCGCCGCCGCCGCCGCCGCGCAGGAGCUCAACAACAGCCGGCCCGCGCGCCAGGUCCGCCGCCUGGAGUUCAACCAGGCCAUGGACGACUUCAAGACCAUGUUCCCCAACCUGGACUACGACAUCAUCGAGUGCGUGCUGCGCGCCAACAGCGGCGCCGUGGACGCCACCAUCGACCAGCUGCUGCAGAUGAACCUGGAGGGCGGCGGCGUGUACGAGGACAGCUCCGACUCCGAGGACAGCAUCCCCGUGGAGAUCUUGGAGAGGACUUUGGAGCCCGACAGCUCGGAUGAGGAGCCCCCGCCCGUGUACUCCCCGCCAGCCUACCACAUGCACAUGUUCGACAGGCCCUACCCACUGGCUCCCCCCACGCCACCUCCACGCAUCGACCUGCAGAGCUGCGGACCCCCUUCCAGCCAGAGGCGCUACAGGAACUGGAAUCCCCCCCUGUUGGGUAGCCUCCCCGAGGACUUCCUGCGGAUCCUCCCUCAGCAGCUGGACAGUGUCCAGGGCAGCGCUGGGGGCUCCAAGCCCAGGAGUGGAGAGGGAGGCCCAGGGCCCCGCGACCAGGACAGCCGCUGGAAGCAGUACCUGGAGGACGAGAGGAUCGCGCUGUUCCUGCAGAAUGAGGAGUUCAUGAAGGAGCUGCAGCGGAAUCGCGACUUCCUCCUGGCCCUGGAGCGAGAUCGAUUGAAAUACGAGUCCCAGAAAUCCAGGUCCAGCAGUGUGGCUGUGGGAAGUGACUUUGGCUUGGCCUCUGCUGUCCCAGGAGCCAGCGACGCCAACCCCAGCGCGUCUGAAGAUGCCUUGUUCAGAGACAAGUUGAAACACAUGGGGAAAUCCACCCGGAAGAAGCUGUUUGAACUAGCCAGGGCCUUCUCGGAGAAAACCAAGAUGAGGAAGUCCAAAAGGAAACACUUGUUGAAGCAUCAGCCAUUGGGAGCUGCAGCGUCAACAGCCAAUCUCCUGGACGACGUGGAGGGCCACCCCUGUGAUGAGGACUCCCGGAGCAGGCGACAGGAGGGCCCCAAGGCGGAGGACAGCCUCAGAGAAGGGCAGUAGGAGGUCAGCACCUCCUCUUCUCCGGAGACAUCUGAGCUGCCGCCGGACAGAUGGUGCUCGAGUACCAAGGCCCAGCGACUUCUCCGGCCUGCCCAGCCCAGACACUGCCACUCCGCACGGGGCUCAAGCUGCCGAGAGGACGGCUGCCAGGCACGGACCCCUGAGACCAGGUUGUUCUGGGGCAGUGAGUGGAAAUGCAGGAACCACCCCCCUAAAACAUCCCCAGGACUGGCCAAGGAUGGAGCCCCAUGAAGCCCCGCUCGAGGCUCUGCGCAGAACUGGAGCCCCCAACUCCCUGCCCCUCGGCUCCUGCUGGACCCUGGACACUGCCCGCUGCCCUCCCACUCACCCAGCUCCUGCGGGGCACCCGCCCUGUGCACUCAGCCUUGCCCAGGGCGCCUGGCAUGGGGCUGAAGGCAGGGCCUGGGACUGCCUCCCUGGGAUGCACUGGGGAACUGAGGGGCCAGCUAGAGAGCCGUCGGCUGGGUGUUCUGGUCGGGGCUGGCCUGGACCCCAGCAGGGAUGGGGUGGCCCCCGGAGCUGGAGGGCCAGGGGAUGCGGGGCUGGUCGUUUUAGCAGAAGCCGAGAGCCACUUCUGCAGGGACCGGAGGGAGGGCGGGCCACAGCCACUUCUGAAGGACCCUGGGCCAACUCGCUGGGGGUCCCCUGCCAAGGGCUAGGAGGUGGACUUGGGUUCUAGACCCUCACCUGUCACACCACUGCCAGCAAGAAGGAAGCAGCGGCAGGCUCCCUGCCCCAGAGCCGGGGCAGUAGGCGGUGAAAAGCAGCGGGUGGGGACCAGCAAGGCCCUGGGGAGGCUGAGGGCGUGACUCUGCACCCCCAAGAGACCCGUGGCUGUGGCUGGAGUGACGGAACUUGGAAGUGCACAUGGGCAAGCCUGAGGCCGCUGCCCCUGCCCCCUGCUAGGUGCCCGGGGUCACCCUCACCCCCAGGGAGCCGGAGUUGGGGUUCAGCUGGAUGGGGGAGGGGCCUCUGCACGAGAGAACCCCACCCUCACAGCUGCCUGUGUUGCUUUGUUAGUUGUCGGGUGGUUUUAUUUUUAUUGUUUCCUCUUCUAUGUGUGGGUUUUUUUUUUCUUCCCUUGGAGCCAUUUAUAGGAAUUUCUGUAAUAAAGACUUGGUGUUCUCGUAGUGA